AUGUCCUCUGCCGCCGCCAUCAUCGGCUCGACCGGCCUCGUCGGCUCCCACAUCCUCACGACGCUCCUCGAAGGCAACGCGUACAAGCCCAUCCAGACCAUCACCCGCCGCGCGCCAAAGUCGACUUCGGCGAAGCUCGAGGCCGUCGUCGACGCCGACACGUCCCGGUGGGCGGCCCUCCUCGCCGCCCUCUCGCCGAGUCCCACCACCGCCUUCUCCGCCCUUGGCACGACGCGGGCGGCGGCGGGCAGCAUCGAGAACCAGUGGAAGAUCGACCACGACCUCAACAUUGAGCUUGCCACGGCGGCCAAGAAGGCUGGCGUCAAGACCUUCGUCUUCAUCUCCAGCGGCGGCACGCGCGGCCUCCUCUCGGGCUUCGCACCCUAUGCCAAGAUGAAGAACGGAGUCGAGGAUGCGGUCAAGGGCCUCGGCUUCGACCACGCCGUCAUCCUGAAGCCCGGCGUGAUCCUGGGCGACCGCGAGCAGAAGAGGACGGGCGAGGGGAUCGCGCAGACCAUUGCCCGCGGCCUCGGCAAGGCCGGUCAAGGCAUCCAGGACAUGGUUGGUCAGGAUGCCGAAGUCAUCGCCCGCGCCGCCGUCCGCGCCGUCGAGCUCGUCGACCAGGGCAAGGCCCCGAGCGCCUAUUGGGUCAUCGAGGCCAAGGAAAUCGUCAAGCUCGGCCGCGCCGAGUGGUCGUCGAAGCCAGCCGCUGCGGACCCUGCGACGACUGCGGCGGCACCCGAGCCCGCGGCGGCACCCACGACGGCGGCACCCACGACAGUGGCACCCACGACAGCGGCACCCACGACGGCGGCACCCGCACCAGAGGCACCCACAUCCGCGCAGUGA